AUGGCCGAUAUGAGUGCUUCAACUUUUUCUAACAAUUCAACUGGGUUUAAAAGUAUUUUAUUCUGUGCUACUGUCUUAUUAGAAUUCAUAGUUUUGUCCACAAUAAUUCUUCUGGAAUACUUCCUGAGGUGGACAGAAGUGUUUCCUAUCAGAAAAGCGUCAUUUUCAUGUUAUGAUCCAGACCUGUCUUGUACAUCUAAAGACGCUGAAUUAUUAUCAGAAUUUGCUUUUUCUGCUGUAGUGCCACCAGAGGCAGUUUAUGCUCUAAGUUUCUCCAUACCACCAUUUAUAAUUCUGAUUGGUGAAAUAGGGUUCUAUACCUUUACAGACGAAGCCCAGAGAACUAUCAACAUAAUUAAGGAUCAAUGUUCCAUUCCACAAUUACUACGGAGAUUAUUUCGCUUUAUAGGCGUAUUCAUAUUUGGAGGGUUCACAUUAAUGGUAUUUGUAGACAUUAUCAAAAUAAUGGUAGGAAGAUUACGGCCAGACUUUCUGGAAGUCUGUCAUAUAUCCAACAGAUCUGUGUGCAGCAGUAUAUUUCCUGGUGGUGAACCCCAUGGCACACACGAUCUUUGUGAAAAUCCAAACAGAUUAGAGUUAAGGCAAGCUCGGACGUCAUUUCCAUCAAUGAAUGGAGCGUUGACGGCGUAUGCAGCUCUCUUUAUCGGAAUGUAUCUUCAUGGUGCAAUGAGAAGUCACACAGUUCGAAUAAUUCGACCAUUUAUAUCAUUCGUGUUUAUAAUGCUAGCCUUAUUGAGUGGCUUGUCAGAAAUAGGAUUGUGUUUAAGUUUUUGGACCGAUACAGUCGUCGGGUAUUGUAUGGGGUCUUCACUAGCUGUUUAUCUGGCAUACGUAGUGUUAAAUAACUUCCAGGAACACUUACAACGCGAUGAGUUAUUGGAAAUAUUAAACAGUUAUAUCGCAAAUAGCUAUCAUAAUACUGAGAAAAGAUAUGAUUGGUUAAGACCAGAAUAUGUGACGUCAAUACCAACAUCAAGAAAUUAUGUUCACGAAAGAUCUCCAAGUGAUUGCAGUGACGCUAAAUAUCGUCGACCAAGACUUCGUCACAACACCUUUCGACGUGAUACUUCGUAUUCAAUAGAACGUUACAGACGAAAUUCUCAUAUACAUGGAACAUCAUCACAUAUGUGA